GCACCGCGGCGGUCAGUAAGCGAGCACUGCUUUCGCUGUUGCAUUGGCGAAGAGCAGUCCGAUAAGCCGGCUGACUGUUGUUUAGCUCUUCAAACAUCAACAUGGACCAAGACAACAAUUCAGAGAACGAGUCUGUCGGCCCACCAGGGGACCAUGCCGAGGAGAACCCUCCUUGUAUACCUCCAGGACUUGCGGAUGGUGAAACACUGGAGAUGCUGUGGCAGCUGCGAAUGCARCGUCGCCAGCCGUCUCCUGUGCUCCCAGAAACGGUGUCGUGUCUUACUGCCCCGGAUGGCAGUAUCCUGUACCUGGUGGGCACAGCUCAUUUCAGUGACAGCAGCAAAAAGGACGUGGCCACGAUGAUUCGCGCUGUGCAGCCAGACGUGGUAUUAGUGGAGCUGUGCCAGUACAGGGUGUCGAUGUUGAGGAUGGAUGAGAAUACGCUGCUGAGGGAGGCCAAAGACAUCAACCUGGAAAAGGUUCAACAAGCCAUUAAACAGAAUGGGUUGAUGUCUGGUUUGAUGCAGAUUCUUCUGCUCAAAGUUUCAGCUCACAUCACAGAGCAGCUGGGGAUGGCACCUGGAGGAGAGUUUAGGGAGGCCUAUAAAGAGGCUGGACGAGUGCCAUUUUGUAAAUUCCACCUUGGGGACAGGCCGAUCCCUGUGACGUUYAAGAGAGCCAUAGCUGCUCUCAGUCUGUGGCAGAAAGCCCGCCUUGCCUGGGGUCUUUGCUUUUUGUCAGAUCCAAUCAGUAAGGAGGAUGUGGAGAAGUGCAAGCAGAAAGAUUUACUGGAGCAGACGAUGUCGGAGAUGAUCGGCGAGUUUCCCGCGCUUCAUCAAACCAUCGUGGCUGAAAGGGACAUCUACCUCACGCACACACUGCGCCAGGCUACCCGUUGUGUGGAAGCCCCCUCUAAUGGCCAGAAAGUGCCUGCUGUGGUGGUGGGGGUUGUUGGAAUGGGCCAUGUUCCUGGCAUUGAACAAAACUGGGAUAAGGAGCUCAACAUUAAUGAAAUCAUGAGUGUGGCACCCCCCUCACGCUUCAGCUGGUUGGUGCGCAUGGCCUUAAAGGGUGUGUUUGUGGGAAUGCUGGGAUAUGCCUGCUACCGUGCCGGAGGAGGUUUAGGCAGAGCUCUGCUGUCUCUACCUGCAGUUCAGUCGUUACUGGAAACACUGAGGCUUCGUUCUUCUUGACCCUGCUGCUUGUCUCUCAGCCAAGACGUGACCUUUAACCUAUCAAAACAAUGCAUUGAUUCACCAGUGGCCUUAACAGCAGGUGAGACAGGAGGAACGGGUUCAGCAGCCCACAUUGAACUGAAAAGGACCUCAUCGGGGUAAAAAGCCUCUCACCUGAUAUCGACGGGGUUAUGCUGCCAAAGAAUAAAUGUUCAGGAUUAGUAAAGGAACUCUUAGUGAUUGGUCUGUUCUGCUAACUCCUAAAGCAAAGUGCCUGAAGUUUCAUCUGUAAGGGCUAAUAUUUAACACUUUCUUCUCAUCUUACAUGUGCAUACGAUUGGGGUUAGGUUAAAAUUAUGAUGUUACAAGUGCUUUUUUUUUUUUUUUAUAAAACACAUUGCUCUGUUUUUUUCUUUAUUUGAUGACUAAAUGUCACCAAUCCACUGAUAUUUUAUGGUUACAUCUACAUUUUAGAUUCAUGGCAAGAACAGCAGUGAAAAAUGUAACUUGUGUUAUGAAUCAUUGUCACUGGAUUUAACUGGCUCCAUUUAUGAGUUAAAAGAUCUUUUAUAAAGAAAAACAAAGAACUUCUGUAAAAAACAAAGAAAAAAAUUUGAUGUUAUUAAUUUCUAAGGUGUUUGUGAAAUCCAAGAACCAAAUGAGACAAAAACUUGUUUUAAAUGAGGUAAUGAACGUUACCAAAAUGCUUUAUUUAUAUAACGCCUGGCUACAAAAUUUAGGUGUAAUUUGGACAUUUAGCCUUUGAUAUCACUGCUGCCUUUAACCUCAUGAAUGCCUCGUCUGCUAAAGCUUACUACCCCCCUCCCACACACACACACAUACACUCUCUCACCUCUCUCUCUCUCUCUCUCUCUCUCUCUCUCUCUCUCUCUCUCUCUCUCACCUCUCUCUCUCCUCUAUCUAAAGUAAAGCUUGUUACUGCAUGUGUUAAAGAGAAGGAUGUCUAAAACUACAGCAAGCCAUAUAGAAAGUUUCAAAGUGUCUGAAAAAGAUAACUGCAUGUGUUCAAGCCUAUAUUAUAAAUUUCCAGGUAAUCUUUAUUUUUAAUUUCUAAAUAAUUUAUGCACGGUACAUUUUGUUAUCUACUGCAGAUACCGUAUGUGGGUGAUAUCACAUUAGAUACUUUUUUUUUUUUUUUACUAUUUGUGACUUGAAUCCAAUUUUUGGUACAAUAUAUAUUUAAUUUCUUUUUUGAAAAUGUUUGAAGCAUGUGCCAGCUAUCUCUAUUCUGAGCGAAGUCAGGUAAUUUGUCUUCCAGAGGAUAAAUGACGUCUCUUGAAAGGAGUUUAAGAUAAAGUUCAGAUGCAAGGUCUGUGCCUUUGUUGCUCUCUGUCUCRGACUAAUGUUCCUGUUUUCUUCCUUCAUAAAGGUCCAGUCUACUGUAUUUGUAGGAAAUGUGUGAAUGACUUUGUUGUAAAAUUUAGUUUGCCACAUUUACAAAUCUUAUUAUUGUAAAUAUAUUCAGCUCUUGAGUUUCUAAUUGUUAUAAAAACAUUUUAAGUAAAGUUAAACUAUAUUUGGCA